AGUGCGGUUCAGUUUGUCAUUUCAAAAUGAUGUUGGUUUGCAAUUUAUCUGACGUGACCAUGGAAUUGCGGCAGUGUAGGGCUGGGCAGGGCACUGGAGAGAUCAGCAAAUCCAUUCCCCCAGGGUUAAGGCAGGACCAGGUAAACCUGACCUAGCCCAUCCCUGACAGGUGUUUGUCCAACCUCCAGUGAUGGGGAUUCCACCCGCAACCUCCCUUGCAGAAAAAGGGGGGAAAGGGAGAAACACUCUGCUUUCUGCUGAAAUUUGAAAUGAGGAUAGCGAGCAGCGAGCAAGGAAGAGCCGCCCGGCUUCACAUUAAUGACACUGGGCCACAGGGUCGGUGGUUGUAAAUUAACUCGUCUCCUUCGGCUCCCUGUCAGUUUAUACCAGCUAUUUCUACCGCCCUCGGUCACCAGCUCCCGAUUUGAUAGUGCCCUGCUAUAAGGAAAAGGUUUUACAGUUUAUGUCAUUGACACACUGGGGAAUUCCCGGCACCGUCUGUUCUGCCACCGACCCACAUUCCCAACCCUGGUUUUCCCCUCUUCAUUUCGUCACGGGACAGGAGCAGGGGUGGUAAAUCCAGCCUGCACACCCACGCAAAACCAAAAGUGAAACCACAUGUUCAAUAAAGGCUGGGCACUGCACCCUGCCUCUUGUCUUUGGAAUGCUGCUGUCGCUGUGUCCAGAUCUAAGAGGGAGCCAGGCAAAAUAGUGUGCAAUCCCCCCCCUCCUGCUGCUGCUGGCCCCUGCUCCCCGGAAGAUGAAGGGCACUUCUAUCGCUUCUUUCUUGCUGCUAGCACAGGCGGUGACCUGGAACGUGGAAAACCGAGUCGAAGGACAACCCAAAGCACCCGUGAUGUGCAAAAAAUUAUGCACCAAAUUUUCACACAGACAAAUACCCCAGAAACUAUUGAAGACCUACAGGAAGACAGAACCAUCAUGUGCUAAAGCCGCUAUCAUAUUUGUCACUCAGAAGAAUAAAGAGUUCUGUGCAGAUCCAGAGGCAAGCUGGGUGAAGGAAGCAGUCCGACAGCUAAACCAAGCAAGUGCCCCUCUGAAUCUGCCACUUUCAAGAACCGUCAAAUCUGCAGUUGCGGAAGAAGGGACAUGCGUUUUUCACAGAUCAGUUGGUGAUGCUGUCUCUAAACCAACAGCGCCCAGUGUUCCGGCCAGUCCCAUUCAUGAGGCUGGCACACCCGUUUCACAAGCAAUACAUGUUUCUGUUGUGAGGACGGAGGAGCCCAACAUAUCCAUCUUGACUGUGCAAAAGGCCAAGACGUCUUGUACAAAAUCCUCCUCUGCAUUACAAGAGACUGUUACUCCAUUUACUAUCCACCCUGAGCCAGUUGCCAAUGUCAGCGAAGUUUCCAUAAGAUCUAUUACAAUGCCAGCAGCUGAUGUGCCAGACAGCACUUCCAGUAGAUUUCAUUCAGAUCCCACCCCUGUCAUGAAAAGCUCUGAGAGUUUCAUAGGAUCUAGAAACAAGUCCACAGGAUUUACUAUCAGUCCAACAACUGAUAUACCUGGCACAGCUCCCAGCAGAUUUCAUUCAGAUCCCACCCCUGUCAUCAAAGGGUUUGAGAGUCCCAUACAACCUACAUAUAAUUCUGUAGGCUCUACUAGAAAUCAAACAGCUGAUGGACUUGCCAGUGCUCCCAGUAGACUUAUUUCAGAUGCUUCAUCCAUUGUAAAUGGCCCUGAGAUUGCCGAGUUAUCACCUACGUUCCUGACAACACCUUCUCCACUAGAAUCUGUUCCCAGCAAGCCUGUUAUAGGCCUUGCAUCUAUGGGGCAAGAGACUGAGAACUCUACCAUGAAACCAACAGCUAUUCUAAAAGGAAGUGAUGCCAUCAACAGAUCCACUCCACACCCCACAUCUCCUGGAGGAGAAAGUAGUUCUGUCAGUCCAAACAGUGGUGAUGAAAGAGAUGUUGUCAGUGAUUCUACGGCUGAUGCUCACACAGGUAGAUACUUAUCUCCUUUAGGAGAGAAAGAUCCUUCUCGCGCUUUUCCUGAAUCCAUUUCACCUACAGAAACGUCAGUCCUUUCCUUCAAAAGCUUCACACUUCAGAACAGAGCAGAGGGGACUUCAGAUGGUCCCUUGGUGUCCAGCAUUUUGCCUGCAUCCCAAACCCACAUCCUCAAACUUGCUUUGCUGGUGAGCAUUCUGGGUAUUUGCAGUGCCGCUGUAUGGAUGUAUAUAAAGUCCAAAGACUGCCCUGAAGAGUCAGCUAAAGAAAUGAUACAAGACUUGCUCUUUAAUCAGCAGGACUCUCAAACUAAUGAAUAUGCUAUGGAAGCCGUCUGAAUCCUUCAUGGCGUGGACUUGGGUUUCUACUGCUAGUAGGUGGACUCUAGGACAUUAUUCUAAGUGGGAGCAGGGAGGCUAAACCUGGCACUAAUCAGGUUUAUACUGAACUAAGCCAAAAAACAAUGCAAGGCAAAUGGACCAAGCUAGAGAGACACUAAGGAAACUUGAGUUACUUGUCUUUUAUCUUGCAUCAUUAUAUGCAAAGAUAACAGCCAUUGUAGAGCAACUCAGCUGCUGUUUGCCAGUCGGUGCCAAAGGCAUGGUUCUGAGCUGGUAUUGGAAUAGCUCCAUUCUGGCAGUUCCAGCUAAAAUCCAGUUGUCACUCAACUGGUUGCUGGCUGUUCCGGUCUUCAAGGGCCAACAUGCCAAUAACUGUUACCAGACCUGACCGCUUUGACUCCAGUUUUCCAAUGUGGCUACCUAAAGUUAGGCCUCUGGAUCCAGAUGUAGGCAGCUAAACACCCACCUUACACAACUAAGAAUCAGCACUUAGUAGGGUAACCAAAUGUCCUGAUUUUAUAAGGACAGUCCCAAUGUUUGGGACUUUAUCUUAUAUAGGUGCCUAUUACCCCCCGCUCCCUAUCCUGAUUUUUCACACUUGCUGUCUGGUCACUCUAGCACUUAGUGACCUAAUUUUCACAGAAUGCUGAGCACCUGCAAGUUAGCACCUGUGAAAAAUUGGUUAAAACAAGAAUUAAGGUGUCUAACUAUGGAUUCAGGGGAUUAACUUUAAGCACCCACAUUGAAAAACUGGACUCAUUGCAAAUCAAAUCUCUCAUUCAGCUGUGGUCCCUGGACCUAACCAGUUCCUAGCAUGGAUAUGAUAUUACAGAACAAAGAUACACUGUUGUGUAUAUAUAAAAAAGAGCCAUUGUGAUACUUGGAAACCAAAGAAGCCACCAGACACUAAGCAUCUAGUGAUUUUUCUUUUCAUGUGGAACCAAUGUGGAGUCUGAUUGGUGAGCUCUUCUGUUUGACAGUUACAAAAGACAAUGAAUGGGUAGUUUACUUUCAGAGCACCUAGUAACUACCAGUAAUACAUUUGGACUUAGGAGCAUAGAAACGAGUCUGCUGGAAUAGACCAACGGUCCAUUUAGUCUAGUAUUUUGUCUCUGGCAGUGGCCAACACUGGCUGAUCUAGAGAAAGGUGUAAAACUCCUACACUAAUUCACCUCUGUAUCUGUCUGUCACAGGCUUAUAUAUAGCAUUUAUCACCAUGGUAUUAAAGCACUGUAAAGCUACUAGGGAACAGAUUUUUAUGCAAACGGUUAUUAAUUUUCAUACAUCUAGACAUUAUGGAAUCUAAGUCCAGUGGGCCAAAUCCUGAAGGUCCCUUACUCAAUUUUUAUUGUCCUCACUCAGGGCAAAUCUCCAUCGACCUCAGUAGGACUUUUGCCUGGGUAAGAAAUCUUCAGGAUAUAGACCGCUGUAGCUACACAUAUAUAUCAUGAAUCCGGUGCUGCGCUUAUUGACUUCAAUGUGAACAGGAUUAUACCUCCAAAAUAUAAAUGUGCAUGCAGAAAAAGAAAGUAAAACAUGUAUAAAAAAAGCUAGAUGCAUAAAAUGCAGGGCUUUAUCUGAGUAAUACACUAAGUACAUACAAACAGUAGAACAAGCUAACCACAGCUGAUUCUGUACUCAACUUCUGGGAAAGGAAAGAUAGACAAGGCAUAGGUGCUGAGGUUACCCCAAUUAGGAACCAGCAGACACACUUGUAGAGGAACUCUGACCCAGAAGCUGGGCUGAUGGGAUUCAUCCCAACAAUAUUUGUUUUUGAUUGUAAUCCAGUUCCCUUCCCCUUGAUUGUUGGUUUUGUAGAGGGGGCUGGAGGGAACUUGGUACAAGGGAUUCAGAGUGUGAUCAGAUAUGGUUUAUACUUGAAUUUUAUGUGUGAAAUUCAACCCCGUGCAGAGGGCCGGUAUCCAGUGACUAAUGCAUUACUUUAGCUCUAUUUGGAAGUAUAUAGGCCUUCAUGCACAGGGGUGAAUUUAGCCCUAUGGGAAGAGUAACCCAUCAGUUGUCAGAAUGAUGUAUAAAGGAUAGUCCUUUAAAUUACAAAAUGUAGCCUAUUGUUUUUAUUAUACAUAUUUUUAGAAAUGUAAUGCAAAUGCAGAGUGCAGGCUACUGAUCUCCUAACCCGUCCCUUUUUAGUGAAUGUAAGCAAUGUCUGGGAUUGAUUGAUGACUUCAGUUCAAAACUGUGUCCUCUUGGUGUUCUAGCAAGGAGGGGUUUAAUGCAAUGAUCACGGACUUCAUCACAGAAGUCACUUGUAUAAAUACCCGAUGAGGCUUCUGUUGGUUUUUUUUCCCCCUCAGCAUCCAGUCUCAUGACCUAAGGAGGCUUGAGUCAGCAAUGAGACUAGCUGGAGUUAGAUGCUGCAGGAAGGAGAUCUGGUGACUGAGCAGCUAUUGUCUUCCCUCUUCCCACUAAGCCAGUUCUGGACUAAUGACCAAGGAGGUUGUUAAGGUGCAUUUUGAUGUAAGACAUGCAGACCUAAAACUGAGGUCUGGGCCGCUGAAAGAUCCCAUGACACUUCUUGUGAGAGAAGGGGCUUUAGUUCCAGUGUCCUGGCCCAAUGCUGUCUCAGAUAGUUAGUUAGAUUCUGCCCCCUACAUGCCUCCUGCAGCUGUUUGUAUAGGGCAUUCAUCUGCUCCAAUGGCUAGUCCUCCUUUCUUGGUCGAAACUGUUAUGGUGCCUUGCAGUGUGUGGCGAAACAGCUGGCUUCUUCCAUUUCAGGGGUGGGUGCAGUGACCCUUAGGUGUUGUCUGCACUGGUCAGGAGCAAGCCUAAUGCCUCUAGAAGUAGGGUAGUUAUCAAGCAGGUGUUGCUAGCACGUUUGCCCUCUAGCACGGUGCUCUAGCCUUUUGGCCAUGCCCCCUUAUCCAGUCCACACUCACCCACACAGAGUUGAUUGCCCCUGGCUGUGCUAAGUAUCAUUUUUACACGCAGGGCUGCAAGCAUCCAUGUUGUGCAGGGUAAGGCAGCUAGGGAGUUCUUGGGACAGCUAACUGGCCAGUGUGUUGGCGGAACUUUUGAAUUACUUUCAGCUAAUAACAGACUAGUAAUUUUUUUCAAGAGUUGCAGUUUCUUAGCAAAUGCAAGCUCACAUUGGGCUCAAUCCGCCACCACUGAAAUCAGAGGGGAAUUUUGCCAUUGACUUUUACUAGUGCAGGUUCGGGCUUAUUAUUUCUUUAAAAAAUCCUGCACAAUGGUCAUCUUGGCAGGGUGCGGGAGGAGUGAUUCCUCAAGGGUGGACCUUUGUUCUAUUAGGGUGAUGGAAACACUGGAUUUCAGUUGCAUUCUCUGUAGUAUUUAGUGUUAUUUAAUAUAAAGCACAAGGUGAAAAGGAUUGGCGUGUGCUAAGAUGUAGUCAUGUGCCCGAUAAAUGUAUCCUAUUCUGUUUUGUAUUUUCAUAACAAAAAACCAAUAAAAUCCUAUGACAAAAGUCAAUGUCUU